GCCGAGCGCGGCGCUGCGGCUUUAAGGUGUCUCGGAGUGUGACUGGAAGCCCCUCCCUCCUUCCCACUGGAAAGAACAGCUCCCAGAGAAUGAUCUGCAAACCUGCCAGGGUGGGCUGCCCGACUGCUUUGUGUGCUCCAUGCAAAUAGAGCUGGCCUGAUGCGCCGCAGCCCGCUGCCCCCCAACUGAGCACCGCAUCUACACCGAGGGGAGGCAGGCAGAGGACACAGGGGCAAAAGGCAGCAGCAGAAAGCGCCUCUCCGCCAGCGAUCACCCGGCAUAGGGAGGAGGAGGAGAGCAAAUCAGUGCAUUUCCUCCGCUAACCUGAGCCCUCCAUGCCUGGCUGAGGAGAGGCUGACAAAGACAGAUCAGGGGUGCGAGAUUUACCCCCACACCCUGCGGAGAAUGGCGGAUCGCAGUCUGGAUAGUGUGCCCCUGCCCCUGGAGGUGAGAGCCAGGCUGGCCGAGCUGGAGCUGGAGCUGUCUGAGGGUCAUUCAUGUAUCUCGGGUCCCUCAGCAAUGAGAUGGCAUGGGACGACUUGGAAAACAGCAGCAUUAUGUGACAUCACGCAGAAAGGAUAUGAAAAGAAGAGGUCAAAACUGAUCGGGGCGUACCUGCCCCAGCCCCCAGGGUUGGAACAGUCUCUUCCCCCUGAAAGGAGAACGCCCGUCACCCCCUCCUCCUCCUCCAGAUACCACCGCCGGCGGUCCUCAGGGUCCCGGGAUGAACGCUAUCGGUCAGAUGUACAUACGGAAGCCGUCCAGGCAGCUCUUGCUAAACACAAAGAAAGGAAAAUGGCGGUCCCUAUGCCAUCCAAGCGACGCUCUCUUGUGGUUCAGACAUCGAUGGACGCAUACACCCCCCCAGAUACCUCUUCAGGGUCCGAAGAUGAAGGUUCAGUCCAGGGGGACUCCCAAGGAACUCCCACCUCAAGCCAGGGUAGCAUAAACAUGGAGCACUGGAUCAGCCAAGCUAUCCAUGGGUCCACCACAUCCACCACUUCUUCCUCCUCAACACAAAGUGGAGGCAGCGGGGCGGCGCACAGAUUAGCAGACGUUAUGGCCCAGACACACAUAGAUCCUUCUGGCUGCCAUUGUUCCAAACACCUAAGACCAGGACUGGAGAAAUCCCAGGACUCAGAAAACCAUUCGGCCCCUCCAGAUGUUACCACCUACACCUCGGAACACUCCUUACAGAUAGAAAGACCGCAGGGCUCGACGUCGCGCGCAGCUCCGAAGUACGGAAAUGCAGAGCUCAUGGAAACUGGAGAUGGGGUACCUGUGAGCAGUAGGGUAUCUGCCAAGAUACAACAACUUGUCAACACCUUGAAAAGACCCAAGCGGCCUCCGUUACGAGAGUUCUUCGUGGAUGACUUUGAAGAAUUAUUAGAAGUUCAGCAACCAGAUCCAAACCAGCCCAAGCCGGAGGGGGCCCAGAUGUUAGCCAUGCGAGGGGAGCAGCUCGGCGUGGUCACCAACUGGCCGCCUUCGCUCGAAGCCGCACUCCAGCGAUGGGGAACCAUAUCGCCCAAAGCGCCCUGCCUUACCACUAUGGACACCAACGGAAAACCACUUUACAUCCUGACAUACGGAAAACUAUGGACCCGAAGUAUGAAGGUGGCCUACAAUAUACUCCAUAAACUGGGAACGAAGCUGGAGCCCAUGGUCCGACCAGGAGACAGAGUUGCUCUUGUGUAUCCGAAUAACGACCCCGCGGCGUUCAUGGUAGCGUUUUACGGCUGCUUGUUAGCUGAAGUUGUCCCCGUUCCGAUUGAAGUGCCGCUAACCAGGAAGGAUGCGGGAAGCCAGCAGAUCGGCUUUUUGUUGGGAAGCUGUGGGGUUACUGUAGCCUUGACGAGCGAUGCCUGCCAUAAGGGACUUCCGAAGAGUCCAACGGGGGAAAUUCCACAAUUUAAAGGUUGGCCGAAGCUGCUUUGGUUUGUAACAGAAUCGAAACAUUUGUCUAAACCGCCGCGCGAUUGGUUUCCACAUAUCAAGGAUGCGAAUAACGACACGGCUUACAUUGAGUACAAAACAUGCAAAGAUGGAAGCGUGCUGGGGGUGACCGUGACGCGAAUCGCGCUUCUUACGCACUGUCAAGCCCUUACCCAGGCCUGCGGCUACACGGAAGCGGAAACGAUUGUGAAUGUUUUGGACUUUAAGAAGGAUGUGGGGCUUUGGCACGGCAUCCAUACGAGCGUCAUGAACAUGAUGCACGUUAUAAGCAUCCCGUAUUCUCUCAUGAAAGUUAAUCCCUUGUCUUGGAUCCAGAAAGUCUGCCAGUAUAAAGCAAAGGUUGCUUGUGUCAAGUCUCGGGAUAUGCAUUGGGCGCUAGUUGCACACCGCGAUCAGCGAGAUAUCAACAUGGCGUCCCUGCGCAUGCUUAUUGUGGCCGAUGGAGCGAACCCUUGGUCCAUUUCUUCUUGCGAUGCUUUCCUCAAUGUCUUCCAAAGUAAAGGUCUGCGUCAGGAGGUUAUCUGUCCUUGUGCCAGCUCACCGGAGGCUCUUACCGUGGCCAUAAGGAGGCCGACGGAUGACAGCAACCAGCCCCCGGGGAGAGGAGUGUUAUCAAUGCAAGGCCUCACCUACGGCGUCAUUCGAGUGGACUCGGAAGAGAAGCUCUCUGUACUUACUGUGCAAGAUGUCGGAACAGUCAUGCCUGGCGCGAUUAUGUGUUCGGUUAAACCCGAUGGAGUUCCCCAGCUGUGUCGGACGGAUGAAAUCGGAGAGCUUUGUGUCUGCGCUCUCGCUACGGGCACAUCGUACUAUGGUCUCUCCGGCAUGACCAAGAAUACCUUUGAGGUUUUCCCAGUGACCAGCUCGGGCGCUCCGAUCAGCGAAUAUCCUUUUAUAAGGACGGGGCUCCUAGGCUUUAUAGGACCAGCUGGGCUGGUCUUUGUUGUGGGGAAAAUGGAUGGCCUCAUGGUCGUGAGCGGACGCAGACACAAUGCCGAUGACAUCGUAGCAACUGCGUUGGCGGUGGAACCCAUGAAGUUUGUCUACAGAGGAAGGAUAGCCGUGUUUUCGGUCAACGUCUUGCAUGAUGAGAGGAUAGUCAUCGUUGCUGAGCAGAGGCCGGAUUCUACAGAGGAGGACAGCUUCCAGUGGAUGAGCCGAGUCCUUCAGGCUAUUGACGGUAUACACCAGGUUGGUGUUUACUGUUUAGCACUCGUACCAGCAAAUACCCUCCCCAAAACCCCCUUGGGUGGCAUUCACCUUUCAGAGACCAAGCAACUGUUCCUGGAAGGAUCACUGCAUCCAUGCAACGUCCUGAUGUGCCCGCACACCUGUGUAACAAACCUGCCCAAGCCACGGCAAAAACAGCCAGAAAUUGGCCCUGCCUCUGUGAUGGUGGGGAACUUGGUCUCGGGUAAGAGGAUUGCACAAGCCAGCGGAAGGGAUCUGGGGCAGAUAGAAGACAACGAUCAGGCUAGAAAGUUUUUAUUCUUGUCAGAAGUCCUACAGUGGAGAUCUCAAACCACGCCUGAUCAUGUCCUAUACACGUUACUUAAUUCAAGGGGAACGAUAGCCAACUCUCUGACGUGCAGCCAGCUACACAAGCGAGCGGAGAAGAUCGCGGUCAUGUUAAUGGAAAGAGGACACUUACAAGACGGAGAUCACGUCGCGCUGGUUUAUCCUCCAGGGACGGACCUGAUUGCGGCAUUUUACGGCUGCCUUUAUGCCGGCUGCGUGCCGAUUACCGUGCGUCCUCCGCAUCCGCAGAAUAUCGCAACGACAUUGCCCACGGUGAAAAUGAUAGUGGAGGUGAGCCGGUCUGCCUGUCUGAUGACUACUCAGCUCAUCUGUAAACUGUUACGCUCAAGAGAAGCUGCAGCAGCCGUGGAUGUUAGAUCGUGGCCGCCGAUCCUCGACACCGAUGAUUUGCCAAAGAAGAGACCUUCCCAAAUCUACAAACCAUCUGACCCAGAAACAUUGGCUUACCUGGAUUUUAGUGUCUCUACAACUGGAAUGCUCGCCGGGGUGAAGAUGUCUCAUGCAGCCACUAGUGCCUUCUGUCGUUCUAUUAAACUUCAGUGUGAGCUGUAUCCGUCUCGAGAGGUGGCUAUAUGUCUGGAUCCGUACUGCGGACUUGGCUUCGUCCUUUGGUGCCUCUGUAGCGUGUAUUCUGGACACCAGUCUAUACUAAUUCCUCCGUCAGAGCUGGAGAUCAACCCCGCUUUGUGGCUCCUCGCCGUGAGUCAGUACAAAGUCCGCGACACGUUUUGCUCGUACUCCGUUAUGGAACUCUGUACCAAGGGCCUUGGCUUACAGACCGAAUCCCUGAAGGCAAGAGGUUUGGAUCUCUCCAGGGUACGGACUUGCGUGGUAGUGGCUGAAGAACGCCCGAGGAUAUCUCUCACCCAGUCCUUUUCAAAGUUAUUUAAAGACCUGGGUCUCCAUCCGAGGGCUGUAAGCACUUCGUUCGGCUGUCGGGUUAACCUGGCCAUAUGCUUGCAGGGAACAUCUGGACCGGAUCCCACCACCGUCUAUGUGGACAUGCGGGCUUUGCGACAUGACAGGGUUCGAUUGGUGGAAAGAGGAUCUCCACACAGCCUGCCUCUCAUGGAAUCGGGAAAGAUCCUUCCUGGAGUUCGUAUAAUUAUUGCAAAUCCAGAAACAAAGGGACCCCUCGGAGACUCUCAUCUCGGGGAGAUUUGGGUGCACAGCAUCCACAACGCCAGUGGGUAUUUCACUAUAUACGGCGACGAGUCCCUGCAAUCCGAUCACUUCAGUUCAAGGCUCAGCUUCGGAGACACGCAAACUGUUUGGGCGAGAACGGGUUACCUGGGCUUUUUAAGAAGAACGGAGCUGACCGAUGCAAACGGAGAACGCCAUGAUGCCCUGUACGUGGUUGGUGCUCUGGAUGAAGCGAUGGAGCUGCGAGGGAUGAGGUAUCACCCAAUUGAUAUAGAGACAUCGGUGAUAAGAGCGCAUAAGAGUGUCACAGAAUGUGCGGUGUUUACCUGGACUAACUUGUUGGUGGUGGUCGUUGAACUUGAGGGAUCUGAGCAGGAAGCCUUGGAUCUGGUACCGCUGGUAACCAACGUGAUCUUGGAAGAACAUUACCUGAUCGUAGGUGUGGUAGUGGUGGUGGACAUUGGUGUCAUUCCUAUCAACUCCCGUGGAGAGAAACAGCGUAUGCACCUACGAGAUGGCUUUUUGGCAGAUCAGCUCGAUCCCAUUUACGUGGCCUACAACAUGUAGUCUUGUACAUUUUACGGCUUCCAUGGACUUUAUUAUAGGUGUAUAAAUUUCUUUUUUUGGUGUCCACUGAAACAAAUCAUGUGCAAAUAAGGGGAUAACCAUGUUCACAAUGGAGCAUUUUUGUUAUUAUUAUUAUCUACGGAUUUGUCAUAAUUGGCCAGAAGAAAUGUGAACUUUUUUGUUUCGUUUUUACCACUGCAUUUAAGCACCAAGAGAGAUUUUUAGGUACGUGUCCUUCCUCCGUGUAAACAUCGAGUACCGCAGGGGUCUCCACCGUAUUGCAACCCAAUCCGGCACUCAGACUAUUUCAAAUUGUCGAUUUUUAGGUCUGUUUUUAUUUUCUCCGCUUGCGUGUCUAUCCGAUGCUAGUAGGAUCCACUUGUUUUAAUUAGGUUGCUACAAAUUUUGUGAAAGGGGGGCUUUUUUAAAAAAAAAAAUUAGUUUAUUGCUUGGGAAAAGUCGGUGGGGAAAAAGAAAUAACGAAAUAUUUUAUGCCAUUUCUCAAGACAUAAGGUACGAAAAAAGCAUUGUCAUGGGGGUUAUAUAGCGGUGUCGGCUUAAACCGGCUAAGGAUACGGCCUCACGUUCCUCCGUUACGCCAUCUGAUUUUUAACGUUCCAAGGAUAAAAAAAAAA